AUGUCUGACACGCCUGAUACAUGCUCUCAAAGAGUAGCACAACAAAGACACCAGAGAAACAAAAAGAAGAUCCAAUAUCAACAAACUGUUAAUAGUAGCUUUGUUAGUGAUACAGAUUUAAUGAAUGCCGAAAUGAACAAUAUUGAAUAUCAGUUAUCAGAUGAUGCACCAAAAAUAAUAGUGAAUCAAUAUGAACAAGAAGAUCAUUUUGAAGAUCAUUAUUUACCAGACGAACAUGAUAAUGUGGGAAUAGGUGAUGAUAGGACGUUUCAAUCAGAUGAUACACCACCGCUAUAUCGACAAUCAACUAUCACAACUGGUGAAGCUGUUAGAAAGUUAAUGACAUUUUAACUUUUUCCAGCAUUCGACAUUUCAAAUGGUAUUCGCUACCGAUCAACAACAGAAAGAAUUACUCAUCCAGUUACUCUUAAUAUACGUGCCGAUGAUGCACCACUCAUUCAAUCAACAAAAUCCGCAUUGUGGCCGUGGUUCAGUUCAAUCAUCGAGUUACUCCCACCUGUGCGUGAAUAUCAAUCGAACAUUUUAACGUUAGGAUUCUGGGUGUCAUGUAUUAAGCCGGAUUUUAACUUGUUUUUAGAAAAUAUCAUAGAACAAUUAAUUGACUUAUCAGAAAAUGGUACAAUGAUAUUUGUCAAUGAUUAUGAAUUUAAAAUUAAUGUUAAAACUCAAAUGUUUGUCUCAGAUUUACCAGCUAAAUCUCUUUUUAUGAAAACUAUUAAUUUCAAUGGCUAUUACACAUGCACCAAUUGUAUUACAGAAGGAACAUUGUAUAACAAGCAAAUUAUUUAUCCAUAUGAAAAGAAUAAUUAUCAAUUAAGAACGCAUGAACAAUUUGUAACAACAGCAAAAGAAGUUGAAGCAAAAAUAACAAGUGGUAGUGGUCGUUGUACAUCAAUUGUCGGAAUUAAGGGUUUAUCAUCAUUACUAAAAGUUUUGCUUAGACAUUUCACAGAAAUUUUACCAAAAAAUGAUCUUGAUAAAAUCGAUUCAAUUCUAUCAGCUAUUCGUUUACCACAUGAUGUUAACGUCAAAUAUAAUUACUCAAUACAAUCAAUUAACAAUUGGAAAGCAAAAAAUAAUAGAUUAUUUAUUCUGGAUUUAGGUUUACCAAUACUUACACCAUAUUUACCGGCAUUGUAUAUAUCACAUUUUGCCAUUUAUUGUCUGCUUGUGACAAUUGUACAUGGUCCCAAAACAAGAGAAGAGAUUCAAGUAUCUAAUAAAUGA